UGUCCUGAACGCCUCCAUUGGACUGGGAGACCACUACUACAAACAUACCAAGGGUCCCAGAGAGAGGAGAAGAGCACGUCGUUGUUACCCAUGGCCAAGUUGGAGAGCCGCACCGACUGCGCUUUGGUUUUUUGGUGCUUCUGAAUCCCUCCUCUGAAAAACAGCCGCUAAACUUGGAGUUGAACGGGGCACCGGGGGUUCAGGUUGCGAUUGGCUUUGCGACUUUUUUUUUUUUUUUUUUUUUUUUUUUUGGUUCAGACGGUGGUUGAUUUCAUAUGUUUGAUCCCAUGGGUUCAUAUGUUUGAUACCUAUGGGGAGCUGAAAAAAAUAAAGACAGCUAAUUAAGGAUUAUCACCGCUAAAGGAGCUGGAGGUUGAACUUCGUCGAGCUGGGAAGAGUUUCUUCAAGCGGGGAGCAGGAAUCGGCAUGUAGCGCAGCAUCAAGGAAACUGUUCAUCCCCCUCUUCCUCGUCGUCCUCCUCCUCCUCUCCGGACAUCUUUGGGAAUGGGCCAGCGCCUUCCCAGGGUGCAUUUCUCCACCCGGUGGUGCGGCUGGCGUCGCGCGAGAGUGAGGAGGGCAACGGCCAGGUCAUAGAGCCCGCCCCUCCCCUCUCUCCCCCUCGCUUGCUCCUAAGUGACUUUUGACCUUUGACUCCGCCGUGACCCAGCCGCCACCCCCUGCGAGCCAUGCCCUUCAGGCUGAAGCUGCGGCGCACGCGGCGCUACAACGUCCUGAGCAAGAACUACUUUGUGACGCGGAUUCGCCUGCUGGACAGCAACGUGAUUGAAUGCACUCUGUCAGUGGAGAGUACGGGACAGGAAUGUCUGGAGGCGGUGGCCCAGAGGCUGGAGCUACGGGAGACCCAUUACUUUGGGCUGUGGUUCCAAGGAAAGACCCAGGCUCCGGCCCAGCGCUGGGUCGAGCUGGAGAAGCCCCUCAAGAAGCAGCUGGACAAGUUCGGCAACGAGCCGCUGCUCUUCUUCGGAGUCAUGUUCUACGUGCCCAGUGUGUCCCGGCUUGAGCAGGAAGUCACCAGGUAUCAGUAUUACCUACAGGUGAAGAAGGAGGUGUUGGAUGGACGUCUCCACUGCACAGUAGAGCAGGGUAUCAGACUAGCUGGCCUAGCAGUACAAGCUGACUUUGGAGACUUCACUCAGUUCAUGUCUCAGGACUUCCUCAGGGAGUACGUGCUUUUCCCAGUGAACUGGCCGCAUGGAGACGAGGUGCUGGAGGAGUGGACUCAGAAGGUGGCUGAGGAGCACAAGAGUCGCUGUCGAAUGCAGCCCGCUGAAGCAGAGCUGCUGUACAUCAAGGAGGUGGAGAAACUGGAUGGGUUUGGCCAGGAGAGCUUUGCUGCUAAGGACAACUACACCAAUGACAUUUUCAUCGGUGUGUCCUUCAUUGGUGUGUUUGUCAAACACCGAAACGGCAGAUCCAUCAUGCUCCACAGAUGGAAGGACAUUGGCACCAUAGCACACAACAAGUCGGCCAUCACGGUGGAGAUAACAAGUAAAGACGACACCAUCAUCUUUCACACGGAGGAUAUGGAAAUGUCCAAGUACAUCGCCCGCCUUUUCACGGCCAGACACAAGUUCUACAAACAGAACAAGAUCUGUGCAGAGCCUGCCCACUCACCUGCACCAAUCAGGAGGCGACCCACCUGGACGCACCGCCUCUCUCUGCCGCGGCCUCAGUCCUGUAACUUCCAGUCAAUGCAUUCCCAGUAUGCAGAGCAUUAUCAGGACACGCAGAGCUCUCAAGACAGUAUCUUUCAUGACGACCCCUACUACAAGUCAGAGACCAGUCUGGACCGCUGCCCGGUGGACUUUGGCUUUCGUAACGGCACUGUGCCCAACGGCAGCAUGUACAGCAGCCCCAGCCUGAGCUCUCUUAACCACUCCCAGACUUUCGUCCAGCCCUCACCCAUCUCUUCCAAUCUCAGCAUCCCAGGCAGCGAGCUGAUGCGCCCCGACUACAUCCCCAGCCACCGCCACAGUGCCAUCAUUGCUCCGUCCUACCGGCCCACACCUGAGUACGAUGCUGUCAUGCGGCAGAAGCGACGCAUGCUCCCUGCGCACCUUGACCUCCACAGCCAAUCCUUGCGCAGUCUGAACAUCAGUAAUGCAUAUGCUUACCGCCAACCUGAGGCUCUGGUGUAUAGCCAGCCAGAAAUGAGAGAGAGGGGCCCCUAUCAUGGCUUGGGGCCAAGCCCAGGAUCCUACACACCUCAGAUCAGCUACAGUAAGCCAGUGUCCCAUGGCCCCCACCAAGGAGGCCCAGCAAGCACCCAGGGCCCCUGCCAGUCCGCCUGUGUGAAUGGAGGUGGAGGGAGCAGUGGAGGUGGAGGGGUAGGAAGCUCCAUCUCUCACACUGUCAGCACACCCGAGCUGGCAAAUACCAAACAGCAGGGUGCCAACACAGGAAGCUAUGCAGCUACAGCAAACAUGCUGAGAAACCAUAUGUCGCGGCCCCCACCGCCUUACCCCUCCGGCUCCUUCCGCCCAGCCACCAGCACGCCGGAUCUGGCCAGUCACCGGCACCGGUGCAUCGGGGGCAGCAGCCCAGAGCUGGUCACCCGUAUGGUGCAGCUGUCGGUCAAGACCUUCCAGCCAGACAGCUCUGCUGUGGUGCACCAGUCCCUGCAGGAAGUUAGUGAACCGCUAACAGCAGCUGCUAAGCACCGGUCCACCCUGGGCAAAAGACACAGCAUGGAAGUGAUCAGCAGCAUGAGAGGGGGAGGAGGGGGAGGAGGAGGAAUGGAAGGAAUGGUGAUGAAGGGCAUGAAUGCUCCCCUUCAUCGAAGGAAUACUCUAAGAGAGCAGGUAAUGCCCCCUCAACCCCAGUCCAUCCCUCAGCCCCAGCCUCAGCCACAAACCGCUCAGGCGCAAUCCCAGCCUCAGCCCCAGCCUCCAGCUCAGCAGCCCAAGGAACUGCCCAUGCAGAUGCCCACCCAGAAAGCCUCUGAGGCUUCUGUAGCACCACCGGUAGCCUACCAGCAUCAAAAGACUCUAUCCAAUGCCACCAUGCUCAUCCACAGCAGUGAAAGUGAAGAGGAGGAGGAGGAAGAGGAGGAGAGACCUGAGCUGGACGUUCAAAUCCCAGGUCUCAAUGAGGACAUCAGCAUCAGUGCUCAGCUCCAGGCUGCUCUGGCCAAGCUGCCAAACAAACCCCCUCCAGAGUACCCUGGUCCCCCUCGACCUUCUAGCAAUGCCCAGAUUCGCAGCCACACUCACAAUCACAACCACACCCACCACCACAACCACAAUCAAGGACCACAAAACAACCAGGGACCAAUGGACCCAAAUCAAGCACAGGCCCGAGUGCUCAAAGCCGGGCAGGGUCAGGGCAGUGGUGGGGGCGGGCCUGGAGGUGGUGGUGUAGGCAGUGGUGGGACACUGACUCGAGGGGACCAAGCUGGGAUGAAUGGAUCAGUUCUGGGCCCCUCCAUUUCAGAACCAGACCUGACCAGUGUGAAGGAAAGGGUGAGGAAGGAGCCGGUCAAAGAGAGGCCGGUGUCAGAGAUGUUCUCCCUAGAGGACAGCAUAGUGGAGAGGGAAAUUGCUCAAAGGACGCUGGAGAGACAGAAGAUGUCGGUGGACUCCAUGAAGAGACCCUUGAUGAUGGCCGCCCUCAACGGCCUGUUUGUGCCUCACAUGCCCGUCCCUGAGAGUCCUGUGGAGGAUGGCGCCAAGGCUGCUACCGACGAACGGUGUAAGACCUUGGAGUUGAAGCUGGAGGAGGAGCGAGUCUUCACCGAGUACGAGCAGGUGCCCAAGAAGAGGGCCGACUGCGUGCUCACCACGGCAACGCUGCCCGACAACGCCGAGCGCAACCGUUUCCGGGACGUGGUUCCGUAUGAGGAGAACCGAGUCGAGCUCGUACCCAACAAGGAGAACAACACAGGCUACAUCAAUGCCUCACACAUCAAGGUGACGAUCAGUGGGGAGGAGUGGCACUACAUUGCCACCCAGGGCCCACUAGCCAACACAUGUGCCGACUUCUGGCAGAUGGUCUGGGAGCAGGGGGUCAACGUCAUCGCUAUGGUUACUGCCGAGGAGGAGGGCGGCAGGUCCAAGAGCCACCGCUACUGGCCCAAGCUGGGCUCCAAGCACAACUCGGCCACUCACGGCAAGUUCAAGGUCACCACCAAAUUCCGCACCGACUCCGGCUGCUACGCCACCACGGGGUUAAAGGUCAAACACUUGCUGUCUGGCCAGGAGAGGACAGUCUGGCACCUGCAGUACACCGACUGGCCCGAGCACGGCUGUCCUGAAUACGUCCCGGGAUUUCUUGCCUACCUGGAGGAGAUCCAGUCCGUGCGGAGACACACUAACUCUAUGCUGGACACCUCCAAGAGUCUCAACCCUCCUGUGGUGGUGCACUGCAGCGCCGGGGUGGGUCGCACCGGUGUGGUCAUCCUCACCGAGCUCAUGAUCAGCUGUCUGGAGCACAACGAGGGCGUGGAGGUUCCCACCAUGCUGUCAGGGCUGAGGCAGCAGAGGAUGCUGAUGGUGCAGACCAUCUCCCAGUACAAGUUUGUCUACCAGGUUCUCAUCCAGUUCCUCAAGAACUCCCGCCUCAUCUGAACCCCAGGCUCAUAACCUUUGACCUUACAAGACGUGGCAAUGGUACUUAAAAAAUCAACACCAUACAAGGACUGUAGGAGUAUAGCUGAUAGGUGCUCCUGUCUCUUUGUGAUCGCUGGUUUCAGUGAGCGCCAAACGGCUGCAGGUGUGUAAGCAGUGUACUGAGUCUCGACUUGUAUUGCUCCAUGUCUGGGGUUGAAGAGUGGGUAUGGAAAGAGGAGGGCGUUUGUAUGCAAACUCAAGUCCAAGGAGGAGAGUUUGGCCUGUGCAGAGAUGGGCGUCCAUCUCUCCUGAGCAGUGUACUCUCUUUUAGUUCUCUUUUCUUUCCUUUCCAGUUAGCCUGCCUAGCCAGCACAUUCGUGGCCAAUGGGGAGAGAGUUAAUCAGAAGCGGUACAUAGCAAGCGAGUGGCUAACAGCUGCACAUUCACAACUGACAUUCUAUUAUUUUUUUAACCUCAGUAAGUUCCUGUUUUUAUAUAUUUUAAAUAAUGACUUGUUUUUAAGACUGUCCAAAUUAGGACAACCUUGAUCGAAAAUGCUAAGAUGAUGUUUUAUUACAUCAAAAAUAUUUCUCUAGAAAAAUGUCCAGAGAGAUCAAGUCCCAGUUUCAGUUUACAUCGAUGAGCUGCCUGCCACAUGUCCCCUUAAAUAAGCCAUUGUUAGUAAUGGCAGUAUGCUGCAUGCACAGUAGGUGGCAGCAGUGUUCUUAAAACCAUGUCCUGUUCUGGACAUACACUCUCAAAGAGUCUGCCAAGCAAAAGUGUUCUUUUAAUAACUGUCCUAAAAGUUUGCUCGAUAUGUAACAGACUUUUGAUUUAAUACUGAAAAUAUUUGCCUCAACAUUUCAACACAUACAGUUUUGUUUUGAUGGGAAAGCAACUGUUUUGUUUGUUGUUAUUAUUAUUUAUUUCUAUCAAGGUUGCGGUCAUCUUUGCUGUUGUGGAGCUUUGACCAGCAUCAAUUCCUUUUCCUAUUUUUUCCUUUUCCCAUGACUAUUUUUGUGCAGUCUUUUCUUGUGAAUGAGUAAUUUCAUCCAUUGAUCCCACCUCCCACCCCACCGCCCAUCCCACACACACACACACACACACACACAUUCACACCAUACUUUUUAGUUAUAGCAUGAUUGUUAAAGCACAGCUCCUUGUGAUCGACACAAACACACACAUUUCUCACCUUAAAGCAUUUCAAGAUUGUCCCAAAAGUGCUUGUUUCAUCAAACUGGUGGCAAGUACUAACAGUCAUGUGACUGUUCAGUGUCCUUAUAUGUCUUUGUGCCUUAUUGGGACGUGAAACACAGGGAGAAGCUGCUUUGCUGAUAUCCCCAAAGAGGGAUACGUGUUAGUACAGAUAAGAGCCAACCUUUUUAGGGACUGGGAUGUACAGGGCUCGGUAAACUAAAUUCCAUUUUACCUCCAAAGGUGAAAUCUUUGAAUCAGUAUUUAAUAGUUUAUGUUUUAUUAUGGGAAAGUCAUUUAAUCUAGCAUUUCAUAUUUCUUACCCGUGGUAAGAAAUAGUCUUGGGUUAAAUUUGGACAAUGAUGGUAUUAGGUGUCAAAAGUGACCAGUGUGUAUUUGCCUCAAAAGGCAGCCAUUUCGUCUCUUCUUCUGAUCCAAACCCGCUAGUUUAUAUUGUUACCGUGUGCCUAAAUCUGUCUACAAAAUGACUGCAUUCUGUAGAUUUUCAUGUGAUAUGUAUGUUAAAUCUUAUCUUUUUUUCCUCUCUGAAUUGUAAUGCAAAGCCAGCCAUGUCCAAAGUAACCUUGUACAUAACGGGCAUGUGAGAAAAGAUUUUUACAAAUGUUUUAUAAUUUGUUUGACUUGGUACCCUGAAAAUACCGCAAGAUAAUAAACUAUGCAUGCUUUUUUUUCUUUUAUAUUCCAAUGUAUAUAUCUAUUCUCAGAUAAGUAUAAGCUUUAUGCUCUCUUGACAUACAAGUGUUCUGUUGCACUUCUCUUCUUUUUUGUGACAGUAUUUUCUCACACUGCAUUCCACUGUUUAUGUUUUUAUUUUUCCCCCCUAUUAUUUUUUGGGCAGAAUUCCCAAAUGUCUUUCAAAAUAUGAUGUGUACAUAUGUUUUGUAUAUUCUUUUUCAGUGCGUCAAGUCUUUUUUUUCUCUCCCCAGACAUGUAUGAAGCUGUCGUACUUGCUCAUUAUGCAAUAAAGCCUUAUUUUCUCUAA